ACCCACCUCCUGUUAGUGGGAGCGGCUUAGGGGAAGAGCGCUCUGAUAUUGCCGGGGGGAGAGGAGAAAGGUUUCCUCCGUGCGGCUUGAGCAACCUUCAGCCUGGGAUCAACGAAGAGACUCUGAAUAUAUGUGCUCCCUUCUCCCAGCGAGUCAGGAAGGAGGGAAUUUGCUGCCCCCCGCCUCUAGGUGUUUCCUUAAGACCCCCCCCUUCGCUGCCUAAUGGUUCAGCCCUUCACGGCGGGGUCAAAGUUUCCCGGCGAGAAACGCUGCGGCGCGAGCUCGUCCGACCGGAGUUAGUUGAGGCUUAGAGGCUGGGCGGGCUGCGCUGGGCGGAUGGCGUUGCCAGGUGGAAAUAAAGAUAAUAUCAGGGCAGGGUGCAAGAAAUGUGGCUAUCCGGGUCAUCUGACAUUUGAAUGCCGAAACUUUCUCCGUGUAGAUCCCAAAAGAGACAUUGUUUUAGAUGUGAGUAGCACAAGCAGUGAAGAGAGUGAGGAAGAGGAGCUGGGGAAACUUCAUGUCAUUCCAGAAAAGCAGGGUGUUCCUGAUGAAGAAGAAAAGAAAAAGAUCCAAAAGAAGAGCAAGGAAAAAUCAAAAUUAAAGAAAACAAGAAAAAGGUCUCAUUCUUCAAGCACCACAGAAGAUGAUGAACCUAAAUCAAAAAAGCAGAAAUCUCAGAAAAAAGAAAAGAAGAAGAUGAAAAAGAAUAAAUCCAAGAAAAGAAAACAUCACAAAAAGGCAGGGAAAAAACACAAAAGGGGGAAAGAUUCUUCAUCUUCUGAUAGUUCAGAUUCUUCUAGCAAUGAUUGAAAAACAAGAGUUAGAUUGUUUUACAUCAAUCCUAGUUCAAAUGAUAAUGCUGCAAGAUGUAUACUCCUUAAUAUUUAUUUUAAAAAACUCUUCUUUGUAUUAAACUUUUUGAUGGGGGGAAAUUUAGAUUUACAUUCUCCUUUGUGUUACAACUUUUAUUUGUACUUCCUGUUUGAAAGGAAAUUAGUAUUACUUCUAAGAUUUUAAUCUUUAAAACAAUUAUAAAUUAUUCACUUAUUCAUGAACAAAAUCCAGUAAUUUUAGAAGUACAGUCCUGCAGUCCUUAAGACUUCUGAUACUCAACAGGCAAACAAGAGGCUGUUGAUCUGCAGGUUCCAGAUCCCAUUUAUUUCCAUUAAGUGUUCCAGAACGAGAAGAAAAAAACCACCUGAAACCUGUAGCAGGCAUUUAUGUUCCUUAACUGGGAACAUUGAGAAUGGAAUUCUUCCUAAAGACUUACAACAAAGAAGAGAAGCCCCACUGCAUCAUCUUCCCUUCUAAUAGAAACCCAGCAGGGCAUAGGAACAAGUAAUUUUUCCUCUUUCAAUUCUCUCUUUCUUCUGUCCCAUGGAAAUGUUUUGUCUUUCUGUUCUGUUAUUGAGAUACAUGUUCUUUUGUAAGUUUUUAGCAAAACAAGAUGGGGGUGUAUAUUUUAGAAAACUUCAAAAAAACAAUCAUUGCUAGGUAUAAGCGGAUGAUUCCAGAACCAAUUAUUCUUAGAAAUGGGCAUGCAAGUGUGCAGCAUGGAAUGUAGAGGAGUGUGAAAAUGUUGAAAGGCUGUUGUAGCAUAUUGUAGGUGUGCAUGCACUUUGAUAGAUGCAUCUCUGGAUCAGGAUGUAAGUUUGUGUGUAAAUAUUGAGAAUUAAAUGAGCAAUGUAGACAUAGAUUUUUAAGCACCUAGUGAUUUUUUUCUAGUAAAAAACCCUGCUCUUUGACCACUAAAGAUGAAAACUAUUUUUAUGCUGCUUUUUUAUUUCCAUGUUGUUUCUUGCCAUUUAUUUGUAUAGAUGAUGAGAAAAUAGUAUAUACUUUUUGUUGGACCAAAGAAGUAAACCUGGUUGAAUUUGUAAGCUAAAUGAUUGUUUUAUAGUACUUUUAUUUUAUUGAAAAAUAAAAAUUUAAGA